GCGUGGAGCCCCGCCCCCGUGUAGCAACUUGGAGCCCUACCUGCUACGUGGCAGCAUGGAGCCCCGCCCCCGUGUAGCAACUUGGAGCCCUACCUGCUACGUGGCAGCAUGGAGCCCCGCCCCCGUGUAGCAACUUGGAGCCCUACCUGCUACGUGGCAGCAUGGAGCCCCGCCCCCGUGUAGCAACUUGGAGCCCUACCUGCUACGUGGCAGCAUGGAGCCCCGCCCCCGUGUAGCAACUUGGAGCCCUACCUGCUACGUGGCAGCAUGGAGCCCCGCCCCCGUGUAGCAACUUGGAGCCCUACCUGCUACGUGGCAGCAUGGAGCCCCGCCCCCGUGUAGCAACUUGGAGCCCUACCUGCUACGUGGCAGCAUGGAGCCCCGCCCCCGUGUAGCAACUUGGAGCCCUACCUGCUACGUGGCAGCAUGGAGCCCCGCCCCCGUGUAGCAACUUGGAGCCCUACCUGCUACGUGGCAGCAUGGAGCCCCGCCCCCGUGUAGCAACUUGGAGCCCUACCUGCUACGUGGCAGCAUGGAGCCCCGCCCCCGUGUAGCAACUUGGAGCCCUACCUGCUACGUGGCAGCAUGGAGCCCCGCCCCCGUGUAGCAACUUGGAGCCCUACCUGCUACGUGGCAGCAUGGAGCCCCGCCCCCGUGUAGCAACUUGGAGCCCUACCUGCUACGUGGCAGCAUGGAGCCCCGCCCCCGUGUAGCAACUUGGAGCCCUACCUGCUACGUGGCAGCAUGGAGCCCCGCCCCCGUGUAGCAACUUGGAGCCCUACCUGCUACGUGGCAGCAUGGAGCCCCGCCCCCGUGUAGCAACUUGGAGCCCUACCUGCUACGUGGCAGCAUGGAGCCCCGCCCCCGUGUAGCAACUUGGAGCCCUACCUGCUACGUGGCAGCAUGGAGCCCCGCCCCCGUGUAGCAACUUGGAGCCCUACCUGCUACGUGGCAGCAUGGAGCCCCGCCCCCGUGUAGCAACUUGGAGCCCUACCUGCUACGUGGCAGCAUGGAGCCCCGCCCCCGUGUAGCAACAUGCAGCCCUACCUGCUACGUGGCAGUGUGGAGGCCCUUUGCUCUAGCCCUUCUAGCAGCCCCUCCCCACGCAGCUUGGGAGGUUUCCCUGGCGUUUGGGGCCUGCUGUUGCCUAGAUUAAUUCCCGGCUUUUCCCUCAGAAGAAGUGAUCCUGGCGGAGGAUGAGACGGAGGAAGACCCGAGGCUCCCGUUUGAUGUUGGAGCGCUGCGGAGACCCACCAUCAAGAAGAGCAAGACAGACCUAUCAGCGGCCCGACAUCUCAGUGGGUUCUCCCUUUGCUCGCGCCAGCAUCAAAAGUGCCAAGCUGGAAAACUCCACCUUUUUCCACAAAAGGGAGAGGAGGAUGCGUUUCUGUAUCCGCCGAAUGGUCAAAACUCAGGCCUUUUACUGGACAGUCCUCAGUCUGGUAGCACUCAACACCUUGUGUGUUGCUAUAGUACACUACGGCCAGCAAGACUGGCUAUCCGACUUCCUCUACUAUGCAGAAUUCAUUUUCUUAGGACUCUUUAUGUCCGAAAUGUUUAUAAAAAUGUACGGGCUCGGAACGCGGCCUUACUUUCACUCGUCCUUCAACUGCUUCGACUGCGCCGUUAUCAUCGGGAGCAUCUUUGAGGUGAUCUGGGCUGUCAUGAAGCCUGGCACCUCCUUUGGAAUCAGCGUGUUACGAGCUCUCAGGUUAUUGCGUAUUUUCAAAAUCACAAAAUACUGGGCUUCUCUCCGCAACCUGGUGGUGUCUCUCCUGAACUCCAUGAAGUCCAUCAUCAGCCUCCUCUUCCUCCUCUUCCUCUUCAUCGUCGUCUUCGCCCUUCUGGGGAUGCAGCUCUUUGGGGGCCAGUUCAAUUUUGAUGACGGGACCCCUCCCACCAACUUCGACACUUUCCCAGCAGCAAUAAUGACAGUAUUUCAGAUCUUGACUGGUGAAGACUGGAACAUGGUGAUGUAUGAUGGUAUCAAAUCUCAGGGCGGAGUCAAGCAGGGCAUGGUGUACUCGGUCUACUUCAUUGUUCUGACCCUGUUUGGGAACUGUAUCCUUGGCCUGCCGCAGCCCCAGCACGCUCCUGGGUUCCGGGAUGGGAGUGGGGUGUAGUGGUCAGAGCAGGAG